UAGACAAAGAUUUCGAUAGACACAUAAACUGUUGUUUUAUUAGUUACAUAGUCUUUCUAUUUUUUGUUAUUAUCAAAAUUGUUUACUAAUGAUUAAUGAAUAUUUCCGCACAUCGAUUCUUAUAAAUACAUUCAACAAAUGUAUUGUAACAGCAUUAAACAUAGGUACGCAGUUUUUAAGAACUGAUUUCACCAAUUGUGUAAUCAUUCAACACAAAUGGCGAAAUCUUCAUUAAGAAAUAGAAUCCUGCAAAUACGUGUGAGCUCAUGCAUCAUAGUCAUACUAUGUCUCAUAACUGUAAUACAAUUUUUUAUAACAUGCGGCAAAUAUAACUACCCGCACACACCCCGGACGGAGCUGGUUGACAAACUUUUCACCGGAGUCACUCCAUUUCUAGCGUCAAAGCAAUCUAAACCAGACUGUACUUACAUCAAUAUAUUACAGAGUAAGAAAUCCCAUCACAGUUGGGAUAUUCCUAGAAAGUAUGAUGAUUUCUCUCCGAAAGGCAUCAUGAAUGGUAGCUAUGCCCCAGAGGAGUGCAAUCCACUAUUCAGUGUAGCAAUAUUGGUCACAUAUAGAAAUAGACAAAGUCAAUUGGACAUAUUUCUUCCAUACAUGCACAACUGGCUGAGGAAACAGAAUAUACACUAUAAGAUAUACCUGAUAGAACAGGAAGAUGAAAAGCCAUGGAAUAAGGGCAUGCUAUACAACAUCGGAGCUAAAUACGCUAUAGCGGACAAGUUUCCAUGUCUCAUCCUGCAUGAUGUGGACUUGCUGCCGUUGGAUGAAUCCAACCUGUACGUGUGUAUGAAGGAGCCUCGCCACAUGAGUGCCAGUAUUGACAAAUUCAGAUUUGUACUCACUUACGACACAUUAGUUGGUGGAGUACUGGCAAUGCGCUCUGAACAGUAUCUACUGGUCAAUGGAUUCUCCAACCGGUUUCAUGGCUGGGGAGGAGAAGAUGACGAUUUAGCCGAUAGAAUAGCCUCGAGGAAAUUAAGUAUUCUGAGGUUUCCCCGAGAUAUGUCAGAAUAUACAAUGCUGGUCCACCACCCGGAGCCGAAGAACAGCGAGCGACAACGCAUUAUGUCAGAGAACAAGCAGCACAUCAGCGAAGACGGCCUCAACUCGGUCGUGUACGAAUCCAUUCAAGUGAAGCCGCAGCGACUUUUCACUAUGAUCAAAGUUAAAUUAUGAUAUGAAAAUGGUAGUUCCAAGUUUCAAUUUUAAAAUUAAAUUGCUUAAGGUGUGCGAUUAAUAAUUCAUUAAAUUGAGACAGUACUAUGGAAUUGAGUACGCAGUAGAUGCCUGUGUACGCCUCUUUACUGCGUUACUUAACCCUUCUUUGCAUAAUGGUAGAAAUUUCCAUCAUAACAUUGAAUGCCAGAGGGAGACUUUGUACAAAAGUCGAUUGCU